AUUUACCGUUGGUGUUUUUUUCAAAGACAAGUUUCUGCGACUGAGUUCGUAGUAACUAUCUUCUGUCGGUGCUUCUUUAUCCAAAAAACCACAUUUGAGGUCCGCGUGGUGGCCUCGGGUGCGUUCACCGCUAAGAUGCAUGUGACCGAUUUUAUCUAGCAAUGCGCUAGCCGUCCGUCAUUUUUGUCACUGUCGAUUUUCGACUAUCCACUUUUCCGUUUGAUGACCUAGUGAUUGCUACUUCUCAGCGCUUUCCCCUUCGCUCCGGAAGAGAGGGAUUUUCGGAGCAGAGGAGUCGCAUACGUGGCACGUAAGUGGACUACAACGCGUAGCAGUUGAGCGCGGUGUCGGGGGUUUGCUACGAUGCGCGGAGACGCCGUGUGUGUGUAGGCGUAUGUGUGACACCUUGCAGUCAACAGUAUGGCACCUGAAGAGAAGAAAGGCUCGCGAAACAAACAAUUACGAAAGAAGGGGUCGGGCAAAGUGACCGUCGACGGUGACAAGCUGAGACAGAUGACCGAGGCUGAGGACGUCUUUGGAUCUACCAAUUCACCAACAAAGGAUGAGAAGAAAGGGGAAAAAAAUGCAGCCAGUCAGCUAGUGGCAGGUGCGUCCUCGGGAACAGAGGCAGCGGCGAAGCCGAGCCGCACUGGUGUUACGUUAGCUAAGACAGUAGAGGCAAAUGAGGGCGGGAGAAGGAAGGAUGAUGAGACUGUACAGGAAAAUGGUGAUCGCGGCAAGAAGGCGGGUGAGGCUGUGAAGGUGAAAGAGGAGGGCGGUAAGAAGGAUGACGAUGCUGUGAAAGCAAAUGAUGAUAGUGACAAGAAGGAAGAAGGGGCAACGAAAGCAAAGGAUGAUAGUGGCAAGAAGGAGGAAGAGGUAACGAAAGCAAAGGAUGAUAGUGGCAAGAAGGAGGAAGAGGCAACGAAAGCAAAAGAUGACAGUGGCAAGAAGGAGGAAGAGGUAACGAAAGCAAAGGAUGAUAGUGGCAAGAAGGAGGAAGAGGCAACGAAAGCAAAUGACGAUAGUGGCAAGAAGGAGGAGGAGGUAACGAAAGCAAAGGAUGACAGUGGCAAGAAGGAGGAAGAGGUAACGAAAGCAAAGGAUGAUAGUGGCAAGAAGGAGGAAGAGGUAACGAAAGCAAAGGAUGAUAGUGGCAAGAAGGAGGAAGAGGCAACGAAAGCAAAGGAUGACAGUGGCAAGAAGGAGGAGGAGGUAACGAAAGCAAAGGUUGAUAGUGGCAAGAAGGAGGAAGAGGCAACGAAAGCAAAUGACGAUAGUGGCAAGAAGGAGGAGGAGGUAACGAAAGCAAAGGAUGAUAGUGGCAAGAAGGAGGAAGAGGCAACGAAAGCAAAUGACGAUAGUGGAAAGAAGGAGGAUGAGACUCUAGAGACACAGGAGAGGUACAAGAACGAAGCAGGUAGGAAGGAAGUUAAGGCAGCUGUAUCAGAGGAAGAUCGGGCUGCAGGCGCUUCGGAAGAAGCCCGUGAGGCGUACUGUGAGUUGCAGAAGUCCAUUUCACAAGCACAGGAAGCGGAAAGCGAAUUUCGGGCUACCCCAGAAGGCAAGAGUAAGGAAGAGUCGCUGGUGUGUAUGGAAGAAGCGGAGGACGCUCUGAAGGCAGCACGAGACAAGGCGGAACAGAAGUCGAUAGCCGAGGUGAAGGCGAUCGAAACCGCUGAGACUGCUGCAGCUACGGGAGCCAAGAGAGAACUUGAAGUCGAGGUCGCGAAAUCGAGAGCGUCUGCAGCCGACGAGGCACCUGCGUUCCAGAUUCGAGUGACUCCUCCGGAUUCUUCGAAGAAGAAGGAUGAAAAUUCAGUACAGGAAGCUCUCUUUGCUGCAAUGGCUGCAGUAGGUCUUGGCGUCCCCGGGAGUCAAGAAUAUGAGAAGACUGCAGAAGAAGAAACCGUUCGUACCGCUGCAGGCGGCAAGGACUCUGCGGACGAAGGGGAAUCGUUAGCGCAGAGGAAGGUCGUGGCGAUUCUCGAAAAGAAUCAGGAUCGGGUGAGGCUCAUCGAGAGCCAGUUUCAAGAAGCAGUGAUUGUUCUGCGAGAGAAGUUUGACAGGCUGAUGGAACCGAUUUUUGAAGAGCGCGCCGCGAUCCUGAGUACGGAGCCAGAGGAAGAGACGCGGGAAAGUGGCGCCGGCGACUUAGCUGGAAGUGAUAAGCUGCCAGUUGGCACUCUCGCCUUGCCUGGUUUUUGGCUGCGCACAUUCGAACACAACAGCAUUCUGUCGUCCAUGUUGGGCGUCAGAGACAAACCCCUUCUUCUGUACCUGCGAAACAUCAGGCGAGUUCUUAACACGGAAAAGGAAGACGGGUUCUCCUUGGUUUUUGAAUUCGAUGAAAAUCCAUUCUUCACGCCGUGCACCCUUACGAAGACCUUCAAAAUGAAGCAAGACGAGGGUACAUAUAUUGUUUCGAGGACCGUCGGGACUUCUAUCGUUUGGAGGGAAAACAUGGAUGUGACGAAAAGCGCGGUUGUUCGCAAGCAACGCAAUGUGCGAACAAACAAUGUGAGGACCGUUCACGAGGAAAAACAUGAAAAGAGCUUUUUUUCAUUUUUCUGUGACAGUGUGGUUCCAGAAGACGACGAAUUGGAAGCGAUGAACGAGGAGGAGCAAAGUGAGAUUUUCGAGAAGCUAAAGUUGGAGUACGACGCCGGUGUUACCUUGAGGGACCUCAUAAUACCAUAUGCCCUUGAAUGGUACCUAGGAUCAGCUGUGGAGACUCUGGGCUAUGACGACAACGAAGAACCUGAAACCAGGCAGAGUGCGAAGGCUGACGACGCCUGCCGACGCAAAGAUGGCACGCAACAAGAGGAAGGUAGUUUUGCGUCGUGGUUUGGGUUCUAAUCAAGCGCAUUAGCUCAAGAGUCUUACUUAUGAGGGAAGCCGGCUGUCACCAGAAAGCGAGGGUGGUAUCUCACUCAUGUUUUGUCUGAGGUUUACGCCUUUGAAAAAGAAGUCAUGUCUUCGUUCACAGGUGCCUGGUUCAGUUAGCCACAACGCGUGGCCUGUUGACGUGAGUGAAAGUUCGUGGAAAUGGAACUAGUAUCAGGUGGUUUUUAAGAAACAUGUUCGAAGAGUUUCGCGCUAUAUCCUUUCGGAGGAGGCGCAUUCUAGAAUAGUCAUUGGUUCACUAUGAUGAAGACUUCUGUGGUUUAAAGGAUGCUGGCGUGUGUUCCUUGACUCUAUAGUCGUGACUACGCAUUCGUUCUGACGUAAUCUGGAAGAAAAACAGCGACACUAGCGCCAUGGAGAUUUUAGAAGCACCCAACAGCCAGUUUCGAGUCUGCACGAGUCAGCAGCAGUCCCGGUCGGUGCGCGGUAGAGUACAAGUUAUCCUGGUCAAAAUGGCUUUCGAUUCCAGCUCUUUCAAAUGUUUUCUUGUCUGAUGGUGUGAAAUCCAUGCGAUUACCGUAAACAGCUGUCUCCACGGUUUUUU